UAUAAAUGGUAUAGGCGGGGUUUAUGACUGUGGUAACUAGUGACGACCGAAGGGGAGCGGAACAGGAAGCUGAACCGGAAGUGACUACACGGAAACUGCACUGCUGCUCACAACGACAACAACAGCAUUACGCUCGGGGAUAUCUCCCUUCUCCUUAACGUAGGUUAGAGACAGACGGAUUGCAUAUAUGAACUUGGAAACAUGUACAAUUUUCGGGGUAAUGAAGCGUACAAUAUCGGGUAAAGUUAAAGUGCACAAUUUGGUGAGGAAUUGCAAGCUAUCUUUCUGCUGUGUUUUAGCUAAGCAGGCUAACUAGCUAGCUAACGGCUCCGGGAAAAAAAUGAAGGAGGUGAAGGGUUGCGGUAUGCGGUCCUCUGUGGGCUUUCUGUCUCAGAGAAGGCUUUUCGGGAACCCGCUGAUGAAGGAAGAAUUUCAGAGACUCCGGUUGGCAGGAUGCACAAGCCUGUACAAGAAAGAUAUGCUGGGACAUUUCGGGUGUGUAAACGCCAUUGAGUUUUCCAACAAUGGAGGGGAAUACCUUGUGUCCGGAGGGGACGACCGCAGAGUGCUGCUGUGGGAUAUGGAGAGAGUUCUCCAUGCUCGCUCGGCCAAGCCUCUCAUACUGAAGGGAGAACACCUCUCCAACAUCUUCUGCCUGGCCUUCGACAGCACCAACAAGAGGGUGUUCUCUGGGGGUAACGACGAGCAGGUCAUCCUUCAUGAUGUAGAGCAAGGCGAGACUCUGAACGUGUUCCUUCACGACGAUGCGGUGUACGGCCUGUCCGUCAGCCCCGUUAACGACAACGUGUUCGCCAGCUCCUCGGACGACGGACGGGUCCUCAUCUGGGACACACGGCAGCCGCCACACGGAGAGCCCUUCUGUCUGGCCAACUACCCAUCAGCCUUCCACAGUGUGAUGUUCAACCCGGCAGAGCCCCGACUACUGGCUACAGCCAACUCCAAGGAGGGGGUGGGGCUGUGGGACAUCCGCAAGCCUCGCACUUCUCUGCUGCGGUACGGCGGUAGCAUGUCCCUGCAGAGUGCCAUGUCGGUGCGUUUUAACAGCGCAGGGACCCAGCUCCUGGCCCUGCGUCGCAGACUACCCCCGGUCCUCUACGAGCUACACUCUCGCCUACCCAGCUUCCAGUUCGACAACCAGGGCUACUUCAACUCCUGCACCAUGAAGAGCUGCUGCUUCGCUGGAGACAAGGAUCAGUACGUCUUGUCUGGAUCAGAUGACUUCAACCUUUACAUGUGGAGAAUCCCCAAGGAUCCUGAAGCAGGAGGCCCGGGGCGUGUGGUCAACGGAGCGUCCAUGGUCCUGAAGGGUCACCGGUCCAUCGUGAACCAAGUCCGGUUCAACCCCAGCACCAAUAUGAUCUGCUCGUCCGGGGUCGAGAAGGUCAUCAAGGCGUGGAGCCCCUACCAGCAGACAGAGAGUCUGGGCGACCUGGAUGGUUGUGUGGAGAAUAAGUCCAGGAGUCUGUACAGCCAUGAGGAGUAUAUCAGCCUGGUGCUGAACAGCGGCAGCGGCCUGAGGCACGACUACGUCUCACAGUCCAUCCAGGAGGAUCCUCGUAUGAUGGCCUUCUUUGACUCUCUGGUUCGUCGGGAGAUUGAGGGCUGGAGUUCGGACUCAGACAGUGACCUGAGUGAGGGGGCCAUCCUGCAGCUCCACGCCAGGGGACGACGCUCCACGCGGGCUGUCGGAGACGGCGCCGGGGUCCUGGUUGGUGCUGCUUCACCUGUACAUCCCGCCGCUGCUAUGGGUGACUCGGACCGCUCCUCCUCAUCCUCAUUGGCUGCACCCGAGGCCUUGGGGGCGGAGCCGUUGCUGCCCAGGAGUCGUCAGCGACAUCACCAGUCUGCGUUCUUAUUGGACCUGGUGGGAGAGGACUCUGAUUCCUCUGGGUUCUGGCUGGAUCCCAUGCCACGCCCCAGCCCCCGAGACAACUCCACCCUCUCCAGCCCCACAUCCUCCCCCGCUGGGGGGGCCUCCAGCUCCUCCACCACCUCCUCCACCAGCUCUGAGGACGAGGAGCGCCGCAGGGUCAGCACCAGGCAACGCAACGCCGCACGGAGGCGCCGCAUGCACUUCCCCUGCAGGCCCAGUGGAGGGCGCCCCGAGUCCGCCCAGGCCCUGUACCCCGGGGGGGUCGACUCCUGCUCCUACCCCAAGAUCUCCAUGGAUGAGGCCUCAUCCUCCUCCGCAUCCUCCACGGAGCUGCAGCAGGGCCGGGACUCGGUCCAGAUCGGACCCCACAGAAGGAGCUCGAAAACGGGGAGGUGUGCCAGCAAUUCGGGCAGACUUACCGGUUCCAGCCUUGCAGUGUCUCUGGACAGCCAAGACGACCUUCUCAUCACCUCUCAGGAAACCCUGCAGCAGAGGACCGAGUCCCGGGAGGGAGGGGUGACGGGGGCUGCUUUAGAGAGGAUGGACAACAGUAGCUGGGUCUCCUCUUCCUCCAGACAUCACCACAGCCCCCACCAGACUGAGAGGACUGAAGUGCCAGUAGACCGUCUGGCUCCAGACCUGUUUGCGUCCCCAGAUUCCAGGGGGGAGAGGGAGGCCUUGGCGGGGAAACAAACAGACACUAGGAACCAGGAAGAGGAAGAGGCGGGGCUGUCUUCUCAGAGAGGCCAGGCCCCGACCCAGGUGGCGCUAAAACGGACUCACCUGGGGUCCGGAGGUCAAGGGUCAGGGGAGGGGUUAGAGAAGAAGUUGAAGAGAUGAUGAUGACGCCUGUCGUGGGAAGGUGAUCAUUUGGUGAAUGACUGAUGUUGUCCCACGUUACCCUAUUCCCCGUGGCCCUCAAACCUCUCCUCUCCUCUGGGACGUUGCACACCAUCGUUGUAGCCCUGAACUACCUCACCUGAUUCACCUAGUCAAGGGCUUGAGGGUUAGUUGACUAGUUAAAUCAGGUCUGCUAGCUCUGGUAUAGAUUAAAUACAUGGAACAACUGGGGGGUCCCAGAGGAGAGGUCUGAGUAACACUGGCCCAUGGAACAACUGGGGGGAUCUGAGUAACACUGGCCCAUGGAACAACUGGGGGGUCUGAGUAACACAGGCCCAUGGAACAACUGGGGGGUCUGAGUAACACAGGCCCAUGGAACAACUGGGGGGUCUGAGUAACACUGGCCCAUGGAACAACUGGGGGGUCCCAGUAACACUGGCCCAUGGAACAACUGGGGGGUCCCAGUAACACUGGCCCAUGGAACAACUGGGGGGUCCCAGUAACACUGGCCCAUGGAACAACUGGGGGUCCCAGUAACACUGGCCCAUGGAACAACUGGGGGGUCCCAGUAACACUGGCCCAUGGAACAACUGGGGGUCCCAGUAACACUGGCCCAUGGAACAACUGGGGGGGUCUGAGUAACACUGGCCCAUGGAACAACUGGGGGGGUCCCAGUAACACUGGCCCAUGGAACAACUGGGGGGAUCUGAGUAACACUGGCCCAUGGAACAACUGAGGGGUUCUGAGUAACACUGGCCCAUGGAACAACUGGGGGGUCCCAGUAACACAGGCCCAUUGAACAACUGGGGGGUCCCAGUAACACAGGCCCAUUGAACAACUGGGGGGUCUGAGUAACACUGGCCCAUGGAACAACUGGGGGUCUGAGUAACACUGGCCCAUGGAACAACUGGGGGUCUGAGUAACACUGGCCCAUGGAACAACUGGGGGGGUCUGAGUACCACUGGCCCAUGGAACAACUGGGGGGGUCUGAGUAACACUGGCCCAUGGAACAACUGGGGGGUAUGAGUAACACUGGCCCAUGGAACAACUGGGGGGUUCGAGUAACACUGGCCCAUGGAACAACUGGGGGGUCCGAGUAACACUGGCCCAUGGAACAACUGGGGGGUCCCAGUAACACUGGCCCAUGGAAUAACUGGGGGGUCUGAGUAACACUGGCCCAUGGAACAACUGGGGGGUCUGAGUAACACUGGCCCAUGGAACAACUGGGGGGUCCCAGAGGAGAGGUCUGAGUAACACCACUUUUCACCAGGAGCCAAUGGUCAACAGUAGUAUACUAUGUAAAGGAAAGGGGGUCAUUUCGGAUGCAACCCUGGCAUUUCUUUUGUGUGUUUUACAGUCCAGUUUCUUGGUUUGGUGACACUAAAAAGGGUGUCGCAAUUUAUCAUUUUUGCGCCAUUGGGACGUGUAUUCUGCUAAGAGCAGAACACAGUGGCUGUGAGGGCUUGGGCCUCUGUCUGUCAAUCAGAACAUACUGGAUAAUGAUUGGUCCAAUAUUACUGGGGCAGCAAUGCAUUCUGGAACUUCUAGAAAUUGUCAUCACUUCUGAUGACAUUAAAUAUCACAACAUCCAAAAAUAUGUAAUAACCUUGACAAUGGUAUUGUGAAUGCACUACUACAUUUACAUUUACAUUUACGUCAUUUAGCAGACGCUCUUAUACUAGUUAGUCAUUUAGUCUUAAGGCAGAACUUGUAUUUUUGUUUAAAACAUUUUUACAUUAAAAUACGUCCGGUUUGAGUUUUUUGUUGUUGAAGAAAACAGGUUCAGGACUAAAAGCUUUGAGUCAUUUAGAGUUUUCAGUGAGAUUCUUGGUGAAGUGUCAGCAUUUCUGUGGCUUAUCUGUUGUUGCCAUGCAAACAGCUGGCUAAUCUGUUGUUGCCAUGCAAACAGCUGGCUAAUCUGUUGUUGCCAUGCAAACAGCUGGCUAAUCUGUUGUUGCCAUGCAAACAGCUGGCUAAUCUGUUGUUGCCAUGCAAACAGCUGGCUAAUCUGUUGUUGCCAUGCAAACAGCUGGCUAAUCUGUUGUUGCCAUGCAAACAGCUGGCUAAUCUGUUGUUGCCAUGCAAACAGCUGGCUAAUCUGUUGUUGCCAUGCAAACAGCUGGCUAAUCUGUUGUUGCCAUGCAAACAGCUGGCUAAUCUGUUGUUGCCAUGCAAACAGCUGGCUAAUCUGUUGUUGCCAUGCAAACAGCUGGCUAAUCUGUUGUUGCCAUGCAAACAGCUGGCUAAUCUGUUGUUGCCAUGCAAACAGCUGGCUAAUCUGUUGUUGCCAUGCAAACAGCUGGCUAAUCUGUUGUUGCCAUGCAAACAGCUGGCUAAUCUGUUGUUGCCAUGCAAACAGCUGGCUUAUCUGUUGUUGCCAUGCAAACAGCUGGCUUAUCUGUUGUUGCCAUGCAAACAGCUGGCUUAUCUGUUGUUGCCAUGCAAACAGCUGGCUAAUCUGUUGUUGCCAUGCAAACAGCUGGCUAAUCUGUUGUUGCCAUGCAAACAGCUGGCUAAUCUGUUGUUGCCAUGCAAACAGCUGACUAAUCUGUUGUUGCCAUGCAAACAGCUGGCUAAUCUGUUGUUGCCAUGCAAACAGCUGGCUAAUCUGUUGUUGCCAUGCAAACAGCUGGCUAAUCUGUUGUUGCCAUGCAAACAGCUGGCUAAUCUGUUGUUGCCAUGCAAACAGCUGGCUAAUCUGUUGUUGCCAUGCAAACAGCUGGCUAAUCUGUUGUUGCCAUGCAAACAGCUGGCUAAUCUGUUGUUGCCAUGCAAACAGCUGGCUAAUCUGUUGUUGCCAUGCAAACAGCUGGCUAAUCUGUUGUUGCCAAGCAAACAGCUGGCUAAUCUGUUGUUGCCAUGCAAACAGCUGGCUAAUCUGUUGUUGCCAUGCAAACAGCUGGCUAAUCUGUUGUUGCCAUGCAAACAGCUGGCUAAUCUGUUGUUGCCAUGCAAACAGCUGGCUAAUCUGUUGUUGCCAUGCAAACAGCUGGCUAAUCUGUUGUUGCCAUGCAAACAGCUGGCUAAUCUGUUGUUGCCAUGCAAACAGCUGGCUAAUCUGUUGUUGCCAUGCAAACAGCUGGCUAAUCUGUUGUUGCCAUGCAAACAGCUGGCUAAUCUGUUGUUGCCAUGCAAACAGCUGGCUAAUCUGUUGUUGCCAUGCAAACAGCUGGCUAAUCUGUUGUUGCCAUGCAAACAGCUGGCUAAUCUGUUGUUGCCAUGCAAACAGCUGGCUAAUCUGUUGUUGCCAUGCAAACAGCUGGCUAAUCUGUUGUUGCCAUGCAAACAGCUGGCUAAUCUGUUGUUGCCAUGCAAACAGCUGGCUAAUCUGUUGUUGCCAUGCAAACAGCUGGCUAAUCUGUUGUUGCCAUGCAAACAGCUGAGUGGCGGCAUUUAAAAAAAUAAAUAGUUUCAGUGUUAAUAAGGA